CUGCUGUUUGUGUUUCCUUGACGCGAACGAGCACCGUUUGUAAAAGAGAGGUCACACAGUUAAAAUAAAAAUGCAUACUCCUCCAGUGCACUAUUGAAUUUGUUUGUAUAAAAUGACACGUGUUUAAUGUGUUAUUUUUUUUAUUUAUUUUAAUAUAUUUCAUUGAGUUACUCAUGAAAUGUUCUAGCGCUUGAAAACUGAUAUUUAUGUUCCAUCCUGCGGGGAAGCAACGAAUUUGCUGCACAAACAGCUACACCGGAGAACGGAAACCUGACGUAGUAUUGACGUGACAGCAAUGCACAGCUAAUUUAAAAGAAAACUCGACAGAUUAUAUGGUCGAAUACAGCUCACGAUCAACAGGAAAACACUCAAGCAAGUUGGGUUUGCUGUCGCCAGAGGAUAAAAGUAUUCAAGACUCCACCAGGAUUCCCCAACCUCUCAUUGUUAUGGGUAAUUCCAGGGUAAUUCCAGAUGAGUGGUUGUAAUCCAGGAUAAUUUACCCAAUGAUGUAAAAUGCACAAAAACCUCAUCACACUACAGUGAGUACAGGCUUUGAGGACAAGAUGUCAGACAUGAUCGCUGCUUUGGUUCACGCCUCCGAGAAGGCUGCGAAGAUUGCUCGGGCCUGCAGACUGGAGGAGUCCCUCUUCGGACUGCUAAUAGAAGAAAAGAAAGAGGGAGAGAAGAACAAGAAGUUUGUCACUGAUUUUAAGACGCUAGCAGAUGUUCUGGUGCAAGAAGUUAUAAAGCAUGAUGUAGGAAAACAAUUCCCAGGCAUAGAAAAUAACAUAUUUGGAGAAGAAUCAAAUGAAUUUAUGAAUGGGCUAGGGGAGAAAAUUCAUGUUAAAGUUUGUGAAACAGAGCAGGAAACGGCAAAGCUUCUCAGUAAAGUCCUUGAUGGCAACAUGAAAGCAGCCGAAGUCCUUGCUCGAUCAGCCCAUCAAAACAUUGUCAUUCCUGACCUGAACACCGGGAGGAUUGAUAUUCCACAGGACCGCUUGGGAGUGUGGGUAGAUCCAAUAGACUCAACUUUUCAGUAUAUAAAAGGGGUUUCUGAUUCCAAACCGAACAAUAACAUUUACAGCUGUGGUCUUCAGUGUGUGACUAUUCUUAUCGGUGUAUAUGACUUGCAUUCUGGAACACCAAUAAUGGGAGUUGUCAAUCAGCCUUUUGCAGUACAGGAUCCAGAAACACAAAGAUGGAGUGGACAGUACUAUUGGGGGAUUUCCUAUGGUACAACCAAUGUUUGUUCUCUCGGGCCACACAGCAAAAACGGGGGUGUUUCAUCAGAAUCCAACUCCAUGCCUGCACCCCAACACCUCAAAAAGGGCAGCGCUGCCGAUUUGGAAGAGGAGCGUUUUUCAGCUGUCCUGAGCACGGGGGAAACCGUGUGUGUCCAGACCCUGCUAAAGGAGGCCUGUGGAGAUAAUAUUCACUAUGCAGCUGGAGCUGGCUACAAGAGCCUUUGUGUUGUGCUUGGAUUUGUAGAUGUAUAUGUGUUCUCAGAAGACACUACCUUCAAAUGGGACUGCUGUUCCCCUCAUGCUAUCUUAAAGUCACUGGGCGGAGGAAUGGCAGACCUCAAGGAGUGUCUGAGGAGGAGGCAGGAUGGGAAUCGGGAGGACUGUUCAGAGUUGGUCUACAAUGUACCAGUGCAAGAUGUCAAAGGGGCAGAUAGGUGGGCAAAUAAAGGGGGUCUUGUGGCAUAUAGAUCCCAUAAGCAUUUAGAGGCUGUCUUAAACCUAUUGUCAGGUAUUUCAGUAUAGAGAUACAUACAUGUUUGUUGUCUUAAUCACUUUAUCGUUUUUUAAUAAGUAGAUUGUACAUUGUACUAUUUGAUGUCAAUCUGUAGUGCCUCUCAGAUCCAGUCCUCAGUAUCGGUUCAGGUUUUUGUUUCAGCUUGGCCCUAAUAAAUGUGUUAUGUAGUUUGAUGCACACAGAAUACUUAUGAAAGUUUAUCCAAUCUAAAGCCUGUAAAUUGUGAUUUUAUUUAUAUUGGAAAGCAGUGCAAAAUUUUACAAGAAAAUUAAAUGAGAUUGUGGUAAAAACAAAAACCUGGAGUGUAAGUAGUCACUAGCUAGUGAAAUUGUGGAGGACUGGACUGUUGUAAAUGUGCCCCUAGUGUAACUGGAAGUGUUUUGUGAUGCACUGCUAUUAUAGAGCUUGGGUACCUGGAGUGUUCAUGUUCUCACCCAGCCUCUAAUUAAGAGUUUGCACUUUCAAACUAUGAUAUACUUUUCCUCAACCCAUUUUCUUGCUCAUUAGUUAAUACUGACUCUAAGACCUGCUGUGUAUAUCAUCCAUAACUAUUAAACACUCCGUAGUCCUGACUUCAGUGUAGUAAAUCUAAUAUAAUAAAUGGCCAUGUUUUUCACUAUAUUACAGUUGUCACAUGCCAUGUGGUUCAGCUCCUUUGAAUGAAAUUGGCUCAUGUUGUGCCUCCUUCCUUUAUCAGUGGUGCCACCCUGUAUCUCUUACACAUUGUUACAUUAUAAUGAAUUUGUCACACAGUUUUUCAAUGUAAAUUGAAUGCGUUUUCUCCACUAUGGUUGCUCUUAUUCAUAUAGUGCUGGCACAGUAAUUAUCCAUUGCAUAUAAAUGCAUAUAAUCUGUAGCAUAAAGUACUCCUUAUUAUUAAACCGUUUUUUAGUGAUUGAAAAUGUUUCUAUAAUCAAGGUGCUGACAUUUUUAUGGCAACAGUCACUCUUAAAUAUGUAAUCAGUGAGUAGCUGUGGUAACAAGAUAAACAAGUAUGUGUUACUAUAGGCUAAGUGCAAUUGGUUUAAGGGCCAAGCUGUUGUAUUAUUAUAAUUAUUAGCUAUGUAGAAUUCCAGUUUGUGUAAUAGGCUUGAAAUAUAAGGUUCUGUAAAUGUAAUGAAACUGUCACUGUUUUUUGCAAUAUUUUCCCUUGUUAAUCUGUGUAAUUCAAUAUCUGUAUGUACAGUACAUGCAGUACACUUUAAAGUCGAAAUUAAAGGUCAAAUCAUG